GACCUUGAGAUUGACAUCGUUGUCUGCCAGUCAGGCACUCGGGAUCGGCUGCAAUACGUUGCGAAUGAUUGAGAGCCGAAGCAACUAAUCACAAAGAAUCGCUUUUUUUUUUUAUCUAGGGGUUUGGUUUAAACAGGCUCUCUGACUGUGUUGGCAGGCGCUGCUCUGUCGAUUAGAAUAGAGAUUGAAAUGCUUUAUCACGAAAUUCAUUGUUAAAAUAAUACUGUAUUGAUUUUUUAUAGUGUUUAUUAAUAACUUUAAACAAGCACCACGCUGCGCAAAGUAAAAAAAGACAGCUGCGGACAUUUGUUGUCUUGUUUCCAUGACCACCGUUGCCAGGCCACGGUCAAACAUUGGCUCCCAGAGAGCUUCCUUUUUCGUGUAAUUUAUUUAUCGUUGCUUGAUUAUUGAUGAAUCAUGAUUACAGGAUCACUCAGUAAGCUGAUACUUUUGAGAAUUUUUCCCCCCCUGUAGACGCGCACUGGACAUUUAAACCAAGGAGAAGAUGACGAGUCACGGAAAGCUUGUUAAAGAAGUUGUUCAGCUGCUUGACAGGUUUGAUCCAGAAAACCAUUGUGUUGAAGUCUUCAUAGAGGAUGCAUUGAAAGAGCUGGAGAACAAAGAUGUUUCAGAAGAGGCAUUUGUACUGGAAGUCCUAUCUGGCUGUAUUGAGUACAAGCAAUUAUUGGAUGUUGUUGUUGACGCAUUUUAUGCCCGAAGUGGCAAGAAUUGUCUAGCAUCUGAGUACAACUUGUAUGCAGUUAUAUGUUACCUGGCUACAUUUAAACUUGAAGAUCUUGGUCUACAGCAGUUCAGCAAGAUUAUCAGAUCACAGGACAUCAGUAAAAUGUACAAGUUCCUCAGUUUCUUUUUUGACGUCAUAAACUUGAGUACCUGGAUAAAGGACGAUUGGAGUCAAAUUUAUGACGCCCCCUAUGUGGUAGAGAACUGGAUUACACCGCUGUUAAGGUGGCAACCAGAGGUGGAGCCAUUGAUCAAUCAGUUACAUGACAAAAUAACCAACGGGUGCAGCCCAAAGAAGAUGGAUAAGAUUUGGACAGAACCGCAGGAGUUCAAUCUGACGAAACCCAAACCGAGAGCAAUCCCGCUGCCAGAGAAGAUCCCUCUACAGGGGAAACACCAGCAGGUUCCUCCGAGCACCUACAAACCUCCCAAAGAGCAGCAGCUGCUGGACGAAAUGAAGCUGAAAAAUCGCCAGAAGGCAGAGACAGUGCUAUUAGAAGCAAACACAGGACAAUUCAGUUGUGCCAAUGCAGAAAAAUCCAAGCGAACAAAGCAAGUUAUUUCACAGAUCAUAAAGGAAAAGGAAUUGAAGCUGAAAUUUCAAUGUCAACCCGCCAACGAAAUGCCUGCAUCAUACAAGGCUGACAAUAUCCCAAUCCGGCUGAACACGACUGCUAUCCUAAGGGAAGGUGCCCUGUACAACAGGAGGGUUGAGCAGGAGCUUCGCAAGAUUGAGAAGCUGGUGGAAGGGGCGCGGGACCCCUCGGAGUUUAUGGCAUGGCAGCGGCAGAUGAGGGAGAGGGAUAUGGAAGAGAAGCUAGCGGAGGUGGAACGCAGGCGCCUGGAGGGGAGGCUCAGCCACGAGGAGGCUGUGCUGGCCCGCCACAAAAUCAUACAGGAGAACAAGAAGAAGGCCACGCUCAAGAAGGAGGAGACUGCUGGGCUGAUGCGGCGCUAUGCAGAGAAGCGCCUGGAGGAAGAGAAGGGGAUGAAGGAGUUGGUGGAGCAAGUGGUGGAGGGACACAAGAACGCCAGGCAGGCCAAGGCCAAAAUCCUGGAAUGCAAACAGCGCAUAGUCCAGGAGGUGACAGAGGAGAGCCAGGAGCUGCUGAGACAGGCUCUGGAGAAAGCUGAGGCUGAGCUGAUCAGAAAAUUCGAGCUCAUCCGCCAGAUCCGGGCCAUUGAGUCCGUGCCACUUAUCAGGCACAAAUUCGUGGACCACACCCAGAUAGCAGGCCAUGCAUUGCUGGGUGAGAUGUCCUUGGUGGAGCUGCAUGAGAGGCUGACAUUGCUGAAGGAAGCUCAGAGGAAGGAGGAUGAGGAGAAAAGGGAUACGAUCCUGAGAGAGAAGCAGACCAAGGAGCAGUUUCUACUGGAUCAUCUGAACCAGAUCUCUCUGCACAGGGCUGCCAUGGGGAAAGCCAACAUGCUCAAAAAAGAAGAAAAGAAAGCAAAGUCCCAGUCGACAAAAGCCUUUCUGAAGGACGAGAGGUUAGUGGAGCUCCAGAAGAAGCUGGAGGAGAAACGGCAAGAUCGUCGGCAGCAGAGCGAGAGCCUGAAGAUUAAAGCAGGCGAGGACUCUGCGCAGAGACUAAGGUCCUGGAACACCAGGAAGAAGUCCUUGGAGGAACAUCACUGGCUGGAGCUGGAGAGGAAUCUGGAGCGCCAGGUGCAGCUGCUGAAGCACGGCUCCAUGUCCAGUGAAGUGGCCCUGAAACUGGCAACCUGCCAUGCAGCGAGUAUCGGGGCCUCCUCUCUCUGCAACACACACUCACUCAGCGGAAGCAAAUCAGCUUUUUAAGAGACAGCAUACCAUGUAGCCAUUUUAUCAAGGGGGUAGAUUUUAGUUUCUAAAGCAAGUUGUGACUGUAAUCAUAAAAUAUGUUGGAAAAUAAAGUCUUGAUAAAUUUUUAAAAAAAAAA